UCAAGACAGAAUGUCGUUGAUUUAAAUUUAAAGACUAAACAAUUUAUUUUAUUUAUUUAUAUAACCUUAUAAUUUAUUUAUAAUUAAGUAAUAUUUAAUAAUUAAAAAAUUAAAACAACUAAAUUAGAAAUAUGAUUGUCCAAAAUAUUAAUAAAUUUAAGUAAAAAUGUAUAUAAAAAAACUCCAAAAGUUUUCUAACCAACGAAUCAUUGGAGCUGAAACAAAUAAUAAAUUUAUAAUAAGUAUUUUUGGAGUAACAUAAGUGAUAAGAGCUGACUAAUAAAUUACCUUGAUGAUAAAUAAUAGAAUAUAUAUAUAUAUAUAUAAAAUAGUACACGUUUAUUUUUAUAAAAAUGCAAUCGAUAGGUGAUAAAACUCUUGGAGCAUUUUUAAAUGCAGACUUAUCGAGUUUUAAUAGUACACAACCGAGAAAGCGAUUUAAAAAAUCUUUUAGUGAUAUGACAAAUAAUUCUACUCAUUUAAAAAAUAAUUUAGCUUGUAAAGAGGAUACUGACCUAGCGCAAUAUUUUAAAGACAGUAUUAUAUCAUUUUCAAAAAAUCCAGUGAGCCCAAGAAAAUCUGGCACUCCAAAAAAAUUUAAUAGUCCAAGGAAACCUAGGAGUCCAAAAAAAAUUAGCACACAAAAACCAGCUCUUGAUAUAGUUAUUGAAACUGUAAAACCAAAUCGCGUAAAAGAAAGAAAUAAUUCAGAUAUAUUAAAAUCAACAGAAGAUUUAAAUCAUAUUAAAAAAAUACAAACUCCAAAUGAUCUAGGUGAUAAAAUUGAAUCACAUUGUCCUAUUGUUAAAGAAGUGUUAGAUGAGCCAGAACGAUUAAAAGAACUUGAUGAUUCAGGUACCGAUGAUAUGUUUAAUAUGAGCUUGGAGCUCACAAGGUCAAGAUCAAAUCGUAAUUUAAAAAGCCAAAAAUUAUUUCGCAAAGCUAAUCAAUUAAUAUUGAAUAGUGAUGAGAAACCAAAGAAUGACAAUCCAGAAUCAUUGUCUUUAAUGACAAAUUCUAAAGAAAAUUCUGUACUGGUACAACGUUUAAGUAAUCAAUCGAGUCAAGAUCAUAUAGAUAUAAGAAUAAGUCCAACAAGUAGUCAAUUAUCAAUCAAAAGUAAUGAAAGUAGUGAUAUAAGAACUCUUAUAAAGUCACCAUCAAUUAUUUCGAGUCAAGAUCGUCUGAAAUUAGUUUACUGGGGUUUACCAUCAACAAUUCUACGACAAUAUGAAUCCCGUGGUCUUAAUAGUAUGUUUCCUUGGCAACUUGAAUGUUUAAGUAACCCUGAUACUAUGGAAAGGUACAAGAAUCUCGUUUAUUCCGCACCAACAUCAGCUGGAAAGACUUUAGUAUCAGAAAUAUUAAUAAUUAAAAAUAUAUUUGAACGUCGUAAAAAGGUAAUAUUUGUUUUACCUUUUGUUUCAGUAGUACGAGAAAAAAUGUAUUACUUUCAAGAUCUUUUAUCAGAAACUGGUGUCAAAGUUCAAGGUUUCAUGGGAGGCGUUCAUCCACCUGGAGGUUUUGCUGCAACAGACUUAGCAAUAGCAACUAUUGAAAAAGCAAAUUCUUUAAUAAAUCAACUUAUGGAAGAAAAAGGAUUAGAAACUCUUGGUGCUGUUGUUAUUGAUGAAUUACAUCUUCUUGGUGAUUCUCACAGGGGUUAUUUAUUAGAAUUACUAUUGACUAAAUUGAAAUAUAUGACUUUAAAAGAAGAACAUGUUCACAUACAGUUGAUUGGAAUGUCUGCAACACUUCCAAAUCUCAGUUUAUUGGCAAACUGGUUGGAUGCUGAACUUUAUAAAACGGAUUUUCGUCCAGUGCCGUUGAAAGAACUUUGUAAAAUUGGUACUACACUUUAUGAUAAUCAGUUGAAUAGUUUAAGAGAAUUAUAUCCUCAUUCAGAACUUUCAACUGAUCCAGAUAAUAUUAUACAAUUAUGUUUAGAAACUGUGUUAGAUAGUCACAGUGUAUUGAUUUUUUGUCCAUCAAAACAAUGGUGUGAAUCUUUAGCACAACAAGUUGCUGGUGCGUUUUACAAAAUAGGAAAUCAAGAUACUGAAUUAGGUUGUAAUUUACGUAAUCAAUUAAGUAAAGAUGCUAUUAUGGAGACACUUGAACAAUUAAAACGUACUCCCAUUGGUUUGGAUAAAGUAUUGAGAAAUACAGUAUCAUUUGGAGUAGCUUUUCAUCAUGCAGGUCUAACAAUGGAUGAACGUGAUGUAAUUGAAGGUGCUUUUCGUACUGGAGCAUUAAGAGUACUUACUGCAACAUCAACAUUAAGUAGUGGAGUUAAUUUACCAGCAAGAAGGGUCAUCAUACGUACACCAAUGUUUCACGGACAAGUUAUUGAUACUCUGACAUAUAAACAAAUGAUCGGCAGAGCUGGACGAAUGGGUAAAGAUACUGCUGGUGAAAGUAUUUUAGUUUGUAAGCCAAUUGAAAAAAAUACAGUAUCAAAUCUUUUAAAAUCUGAUUUAAAACCUAUUGAAUCAUGUUUAGAAGGUUCUAGACUAUUGGUUCGUGCUCUACUUGAAGCAGUUGCCAGUGAAGUUGCCUAUACAAUUAAUGAUAUUGAAACUUAUAUGAGAUGUACACUUUUAAAAUUUACAAGUAACACAAGUCUAGUUGAAGAAAUGACUAAAGAAGCAAUUGAAUUUUUGGUAAAAAAUGAAUUAUUACUUAUGCAAAAAUCUGUUGAUGGAAUAUGUCGAUGGGUUGCUACUCAAUUGGGAAAAGCUUGUUUAGCUGCUUCAGUACCACCGACCGAUGGAUUAUUUUUAUUUGAAGAACUUCAAAAAGCGCGAAGAUGUUUUGUACUGGAUACAGAACUUCAUGUUAUUUAUUUAGUAACUCCAUUUAAUUCAUCAAAUCAAAUCGGUCAAAUUGAUUGGUAUACAUUUUUAGAAAUAUGGAAAAAUAUAUCAGAGAGUGAACGACGUGUUGGACAACUAGUUGGAGUUAGUGAGGCUUAUUUAUUGUCUGCUGUAAGAUGUCCACCAAAGCCAAGUAAAACUUUGGAUAUUCAUAAACGUUUUUUUUCAGCUUUGGCACUUCAUGAUCUUGUUAGAGAAGUAUCUUUAAAUGUUGUUUGCAGAAAAUAUGAUUGUGUAAGAGGUGUUAUUCAAAGUCUCCAGCAAACAGCUUCAACGUUUGCAGGAAUGGUCACACAAUUUUGUAAAAAACUUGGAUGGAAUUGUAUUGAAUUGUUGGUUUCACAGUUUCAAGCACGUUUACAAUUUGGAGUUUGUAGAGAAUUAUUGGACCUUUUACGUUUACCGAUGCUCAAUGGAUUAAGAGCAAGAAGUCUUUUUAAAGAAGGUAUUACUACAGUAGCAGAGCUUGCUAUUGCUGAUGCAAUGGAUGUUGAACGUGCAUUGUAUAAAGCAUUACCGUUUGAAAGUGAAAAAGAACAGUUUGGUGAGCAUGAGAGUGAAGCAGCAAGAAGAAAUGAAAUGAGAACUGUUUUUGUAACUGGUAAAGAUGGACUUACGCCAAGUGAAGCAGCUAUUAUGUUGGUCAAUGAAGCUAGAGCUUUGGUACAGUGUGAAUUGGGAUUAGAACAAGUACAGUGGGAUAAAAAGGAUCAGUCUAGAAGAGCAACUGGAUUAGAAGUAUCAAAAUCAUUAUCAGGUGUAAAUCAAAUAAGUCAAUUGACAGAAGCUGUUGCUUUGUCUCGAGCUAAUUCAGCACUCAGUAGUGGCAGUAAUGUUUUGGAAAAUGCUUUGAUACCUUGUGCUCAACAAGAAAUUCAAUCUCAAGUUAUGAAUUCAAAUAGAACUCAAGCUGAAAAUCAAGAAGAUGAUACUGAAGAUGAUUUUGUUUUACUACUCAAUACGCCAGAUGUUAUUGAAGAUAUAACUGAUGAUGAAGAAAUGAAUAAUGAUAAAAAAAUUAAUCAAGAUAAAUUUAAAAAUGAAAAAAUAGUCCAACAAAUUCCAAAAGAAAUUCCAGAAACAGUUACAACUCCCAGUUCCUUGAUAACUUCAACUUCAAAUAGAAGACGGUCAUAUUCACAGAGUCCAAGUUUAUUUGGCGAUAGUUUAGUUCUGGAUACACAAGAGUGCAAUCUUUUAGAUCAAAAUAUCAUAGACUUAGACGGUGUAGUAUUUGAUGAUAUACAUUUUUCUGCUGAACAAGCAGCUAAAGCACAAAAACCAGAAACGAGUAUGACCAAAGAUAAAUAUAAUAAACCUGAAGAGUUACGUAAUCCAGAGACAUCAUCACAGUCAAGUUUUAAAUCAUUAGUUUGGAAUGAAGAUACUUGGAAUAGUACAAGAGUUGGCCAGGAUGACAAUAAGCGUUUGCAAAAUCAAUUAGAUUCAUUUAAAAAUUUAACAGAAACAACGGUAGAAAUUUUAAGACAAGAAAAUUUGAAAGAUUGUAAUCAGUAUGGUACUCCAAAGAGAAAACGUUCUACUGACUCAAAUUCAGAAAAAACUCCAUUAGAUAAAUUACAAAGAGCUUCAAAAAGAAAGUACAGCUCACCUACUGCUGAAAAAUCUCCAAUAGCUAGUCUUAUUACUUAUGACACUAAUCGAAGAUCAUCGACAGGUUCAAAUAAGUCUGAAGAUGACAUUGUAAGUCCUUCUCAAACUCUCGAACCUUUUGGAACAGUUCAAAAAAAUCGCACGAGAAUUAAAAUGAUAUCUAUGAGAAGUCGUACUCAGAAAGCUUUACGACUAGGAGAAACUUCCGUUGUUAAAUUGCAAUCUAAAAAUAACGUUGAAUUAAAUUCGAUACCAACAACAUCUAAAGCUAAUCAAAUUCAAGUAGAAGUACAAGUCCAUAAUGCUGCUCAUUCUGAUGAUGAUGAUAUGUUUUUAUGUGAUGAUUGUAGUACAGCGAAUGUUGCUCCAAUUUUAGAUAAAAAAAUUCCAAAGACUACUUAUGUACUUACUGAAAAACCAGUUGCAUUAAAAAAUAAACAUAAUAAGAUUGAUGAUAAAAAAUUGUUGUUGAAAGAAUUAUCAAUUGUAAAUAUAUCGGAUAGGAUUAAAUUUAAUGAAUUUAAAUUUGAAAUUGGUGGCAAAGAAGAAAUUGCAUUGGCAUUAGCAUGUGAAAUAUUUUCAUAUGAUACUGUAGGUAUUGGAACUAAAAUUAUAAACAAUGAAGCUUAUCAAGAUUUUAAAAGACGACUAAAAAAUACCGAUGGUAUUUAUGAUGAUAAAAAACUUUGUGGAGUUUCAAUAACAUGGGGUGAAAAUAUUUAUUAUCUUCCAUUUGAAAAUGUUCGUGAAAAUAAUCGUGUACCUGUUAAAGAACGUAUGUCAUUUCUAACAGAAUUAUUAUCAACUAAAACAUUAACUGUCAAAUGUUUUCAACUUAAAGAAAUUUAUAAAACACUUUAUAAAUGUUGCGGUUUAACACCUUCAUGUAAAUUUAUCGAUCCAACUAUCGCAAAUUGGCUAUUAAAUUCAGAUGUAACUUAUAACAAUUUUGAAGAAUUGGUUAAAGAAAAUUUACCAGAAAGUAAAAUCCAUCUAAAUAAUAUAAAACGUACUCCGAAUGAUAUUGGACCAGGUAUGAAUGUCAGAAGUGAAGUACCAAGUAAAAUAAGAGCUUGCACUGAAGCUUUAUUGACUUGGUUUCUUUUAGACGACCUUAAAAAAAAGUUGGAAGCUCAAGAUCCUGUUUUAUUGGAUACUUUUAAACAUGUGGAAAUGGGAGUAAUACCAUUGUUGGCUCGUAUGGAAUUAACAGGAUUAGGAAUAAAUCUUGAGCCACUUGAAGAAUUAUCUAAAGCAAUUCUUGAUGAAAUGUCACAGCUUGAAAAGCAAGCUUAUAGUUUAGCUGGAAAAAAAUUUAAUUUUUUAUCACCUCGAGGCGUUUUAGAAGUUCUUGGUUUAAACAAAGGUAAAAAAGUAUGUGCCAAUAAAGCAGUACUUGAACAAUGCGAUCAUCCAAUAGCUAAAAUGAUAAUAUACUGGAGAAAAUUAAAUACUAUUCAUAUAAAAAAUAUUUGUCCUUUACUAAACAAUGCCAAAGGAUCCAGUAGAAUACAUGGAAAUUGUUGCACUACAACAGUGACAGGACGAAUUGUUAUGAAUGAACCAAAUCUUCAAAAUGUUCCUCGAGAUUUCAAUGCACCAGACAACAGUAAACUCAUCAGUAUUCGUACUGCAUUCGUAUCUGCAUUAGACAAUGUUUUAUUGUCUGCUGAUUACUGUCAACUAGAACUACGAAUACUAGCCUAUUUAUCCAAAGAACCAAAACUAUGUAGUGUAUUAAAAAAACCUGGAGAUGUUUUUAAAAAUAUUGCAGCACGUUGGUACAAUACAACUGAGUCAAGGGUUGAUGAUACCAUGAGACAAAGAGCUAAACAAUUGUGUUACGGUAUGAUUUAUGGAAUGGGAAUUAAAACACUGGCUGAGACACUUCAAGUAGAUGAGGCUGAAGCUCGUGAAUUUCUGGAGACUUUUAUGGGCGCUUAUCCUGGUAUUCAAAAAUGGUUAAUUGAAGCUGUUGAAGAAGCUAGAAAACAAGGAUACGUUACAACACUAAUGAAACGUCGAAGAUUGUUGCCAGAUCUCAAUAACGAAUCAUCUGGAUUGAAAAGGCAGGCUGAGAGGCAAGCUGUCAAUACUAAAAUUCAAGGAUCUGCUGCAGAUAUUGCAAAAAAAGCAAUGAUACUUAUUGAUGAGAGGCUGAGGAAGGAAUUUCCUGAUAUGAUGAUGGUCUUUUCUGGAGCAACUGCUAAGCGAAAACUUCGACGCAGUAGAGACACUUCACCUAAAGGUGCUUAUUUAGUUCUUCAUCUUCACGAUGAAUUAAUUUAUGAAGUUAAUGUGACAAAUGUUGAUAAAGUUGCGAAAAUUGUUAAAGAGUCUAUGGAACAUGCUUAUUCGUUGUCUGUUCCUCUACCUGUUAAGGUCAAAAUUGGAUCUACUUGGGGUGAAUUAAAAGAAUACAAGUUUGAUACUUAAUAAUUAAAUGAUAAUAAUAAUUAAUAGUCUUCAGUUCAGUUGAUUUGUAAAUAUUUUAUUUUUUCUAUUACUGUCUUUUUUUUUUUAUUGUAAAUAUUUUAUUUUAUUAU